AUGCCCUGUGGGACUGCACCCCUGCCGCUGGAGAGCGGGCUCUCCUGGAGCCCAGAUUCAAUCUGUGGGAGCCAGAGUCGAUCCACGGGAGCCGGGAGCCAUAGGAAGCAGUUGAAGAAAAAAAUGGUGCCAGAAGGACGCGAGCGGUUUGUGCCUGCCCCUUCCAGCGGAGCCUUUCACCAAGGGAGGGCAGGAGCCUCCAGAAGGAUGCGGGUCCAGCUGCAGGCCUGGCCCGGGGAAGCUUCCACUGCUAUCACGUGCUUUACAAGAGGACUUGACCUUAGAAAGGAGACAGAAGAUGUCCUUUGCCCAGCAAACUGUCCUCUGUGGCAAUUUUAUGUCUUUGGGGAUGGAGUUUAUGCCUCUCUUUCCAGUAUCUGUGGAGCUGCCAUACACAGGGGAGUGAUCACCAAUGCAGGAGGAGCUGUAAGGGUACAGACUCUCCCAGGACAGGAAAACUACCCUGCUGUAAAUGCCAAUGGGAUCCAGUCUCAGGUGCUCACUAGAUGGGCUUCGUCUUUCUCAGUGACUCGUAUCAAGAACACAGUGCUUGAAGCAGUUGGGCGAUCAGUAUCAACAGCGCGUCCUUCUACAGGUAAAAGACCUAAGAAGCCACUUGAUAAAAAGGCUGGAAACAAAGACUGUAAAGCUGAUAUUGCAUUUCUCAUUGAUGGAAGUUACAACAUUGGCCAACGUAGAUUUAAUUUGCAAAAAAACUUUGUUGGAAAAGUAGCUGUGAUGUUGGGAAUUGGAACAGAAGGGCCUCAUGUUGGAGUUGUACAAGCCAGUGAACAUCCAAAAAUUGAAUUCUAUCUAAAGAACUUCACUGCUGCGAAAGAAGUUUUGUUUGCCAUAAAGGAACUAGGGUUCAGAGGAGGCAAUUCUAAUACAGGGAAAGCUUUGAAGCACACAGCUCAGAAAUUCUUCUCUCUAGAAAACGGAGCACGCAAAGGAAUUCCCAAGAUCAUCGUAGUAUUCCUAGAUGGUUGGCCCUCAGAUGAUUUAGAAGAAGCCGGCAUAGUGGCCAGAGAAUUUGGAGUCAAUGUAUUCAUUGUAUCUGUAGCAAAACCCACAACGGAGGAGCUGGGAAUGGUGCAAGACAUCGGGUUUGUUGACAAAGCUGUCUGCCGAAACAACGGCUUCUUCUCUUACCAAAUGCCCACCUGGUUUGGUACUACCAAAUACGUGAAACCUCUUGUUCAAAAAUUGUGUUCACAUGAGCAGAUGUUGUGCAGCAAGACAUGCUACAAUUCCGUCAACAUUGGUUUCUUGAUAGAUGGUUCCAGCAGCGUUGGAGAAAGCAACUUCCGCCUUGUGCUUGAAUUCAUCAGCAACGUUGCAAAGGCUUUUGAGAUCUCUGACAUUGGUUCCAAGAUUGCAGCCGUGCAGUUCACAUAUGAUCAGCGUACAGAGUUCAGCUUCACAGACUACACCACAAAAGAAAAGGUCCUCUCAGCUAUCCGGAACAUUCGCUACAUGAGCGGUGGCACUGCUACUGGUGAUGCCAUUUCUUUCACAACCAGAAACGUGUUUGGGCCAAUGAAAGAUGGACCUAACAAAAAUUUCCUCCUUGUUUUGACUGAUGGUCAGUCUUACGAUGAUGUUAGAGGACCUGCAGCAGCUGCACAGAAAGCAGGAAUAACGGUCUUCUCUGUUGGUGUUGCCUGGGCACCUCUGGAUGAUCUGAAAGACAUGGCUUCCGAACCAAGGGAAUCUCAUACUUUCUUCACUAGGGAGUUCACAGGAUUGGAGCAGAUGGUUCCUGAUGUUAUUAGAGGCAUCUGUAAAGAUUUUUUGGACUCUAAACAGUAA